AAUAGUUAUACGCUUACCUUAUCAAAGCGAAUACACAAAUUAAUCUAAGCUGUCUUAGAUUGUCUACAAAAGAACUCAAUAUUUUUCUUAUGCUUUAUGGUGGCACCGAACUGUUUUAUUGAAUUGGAAACCCUAAUCUUGGCUUCCAGCUCUGCGUUCGACGAAAUUAUGUGCCUGUCCUCCUUGGCGCCCAAGCCUGCAGCAGCUGAUAUCUGUCGCUCUGCGCUGGAGCUGGGCAAGUAAGUCCGCCACAUAGACAACAGCAGGAUUAGCGCUCUUUGCCCGUGUCCUUGUACAACAAUCUCUUACAUUGAGUUUAAGGUGUGACAAGAAUUAUUAUAAUGAUCCGAUCUGAUCCAGAUUCGGCAAUCUGGUAGAUAUGGUCAAUGAUUCUGGGUUUUCGGGUUGUGGAUGCAACAGGGCGAAAUUUUAAACACACUUGUAGCAGUGUGAUACCACAGGAGUCUGGAUACAAUAGUUUGUUGCUCUAGGUAUUAUAGCCUUUGAGAUAUCAGCUAAGCGUUCAUCGGGACGGAUAGACAGACAUAGCUAUAUCGACUCGGAUAUUGAUGCAGAUCAAGAAUGUAUAUAAGCUAUCCACCACAAAACUAAUACAUUCCUUAGCUCUUCGGGUGCUGGGUGUAAAAACUUGACUGGUUGUCAAAAUCAGAAAUCAACUCAUUUGUUAACUUUUCUUUUCCACAGCAUGCCCUGGCAAUUAUGUUGCUCCAUACCAUACAAUAUAGUAGAGAGCGUAGACUCAAAGUGUUAUAAGUAUUUUUAAUUUUAUUUGAAAUUUGAAAAAAAAAAAAUAAAAAAAAUUUUUAGUAUUACAAAUUUGUAGUCUGCGAAAAAUGUGGAAAAUGAAUUUGUACUCUGUGCUGUGCGCUUUUUGCCUCCUGUUUGUUAUGAUCCAUCGACGACAUGCCAUACUAGCAGUGCCGAUCCACAGUGUGCAGGGUCCUCGAAGCUCGAACGAGUCGUCGCUGCAGGAGCCCCACGUUGAUUCUGAGCAUCCAAAGAUAGUCGAGUCUAUCAUAAACCCUAGACAGGCACAAGCAUUGGGGUCCGGUUCGAACAUGGGACUGUCUACGGGCCUUGGCAGCAAAUUCUCUUCGAAAGUGAGAAAAAAUUCACCGAUGAUGAUCAGUGAGCAGCGAGAGGCCAGCGGUAAGCAACGGCGACUCCGAGCUAUAGAAGAUCUUUUCGCUCGAACAACGACGCGGCCCAAGGAGCUAACCAUACCACUAGCACGCGGGAUUGUGGACAGCAUGGGCAGGCGAAAGAGCAACUAUUGGACUGUCACCUACGGCGAUGUGUGGAGGGACACGCGUCUCGUCGACUCUUACCUGAGCCGAGCCCCCCGUAUCCACUUGGUGUCGAAUCCACUCGUAAACUACUAUCCCGACGACAAGAGACUCGCUACCGUGUGCAAGGAUAAAUCGACUUUAAUAAGUGAAAAUUCACGCUUCGAGGGAAUGGGCGUCAGGCAUGUUAGACUUCUUUUGCCACGUGCCAAGGAAAGAACAUGCAGGAUAUUUGAGAAGAGAGACCACAGUCCUAGAACAUUUGAGAUGCACCACACUUGCCUUUCACAGGAUGUCAGACAUGAUUCCAGGGUACCAUCUCCAGAAUUGGUGAUACCACAUGAGUCUGGAUACAAUAGUUUGUUGCAGAUGAAUAAUGUAUGUAUAUUAGUUAUCCACCACAAAACUAAUAUAUUCCUUAACUCUUCGAGUCCCAGCAAUCGGAGAGCAGGGCGGCCGAUAUGCAAAGCUGUAGAAAUGAACACUUCAGUCGACGCAGCAGCCAAAGAAGCCCACAGACGAGGAAAAUACACAGUGGUUAAAUGGAACCUUAAAGACGCUAUGUGCGAAAUACACAGAAUCCUAAAAGCAGAAUGGGAGAGAGAAUACGCCGAGUUUGCUAGUAUCAAGCACCGUGGUUACUGCUCGCUUUUCCCCUCAACAUCAUCCAAACCGUGGUUCCUAAAUAAAACUAAACUUAAAGCCAUUGACGCUAAAAGAAUCAACAGACUGCUUAGCGGUAACGCAUUCGAUAGGCACACUCUCGCCAAAAUGCAUGUAGUUCCUAGCAACAUAUGUGAUACAUGCGAUAGUAUCGAUAACGCCUCGCAUUUAAUUUUCAAUUGUACAAAGUACAACACAACAAGGCAAAACUUCCCAUCUCUAAGAAAAUAUAAUGAUAUUUACAAAUUCUUUGAAAAAGAAAACACCAGCGCGUACCAAACACUAAUUGACUUCAUCGAUAAAACUGAUGUAAAGCUAUAAACAGCACUCCAACAUCUUCUUUGACUUGGCAAUUUCCACCUUCAAAAGGCGGGCGGCCAAAUAAUCCCACGCUACUCACGGGUAGUUUG